GGCUGGCGGCCAGGCAGGCGGCGGAGGCGCGGGGCCUGGUCCCGCGGUCACCAUGGCCAAGACCGUGGCCUAUUUCUACGACCCGGACGUGGGCAACUUCCACUAUGGGGCUGGACAUCCUAUGAAGCCUCAUCGCCUGGCAUUGACCCAUAGCCUGGUUCUGCACUACGGUCUCUAUAAGAAAAUGAUCGUCUUCAAGCCAUACCAGGCCUCCCAGCAUGACAUGUGCCGCUUCCACUCUGAGGACUACAUCGACUUCCUUCAGAGAGUCAGCCCCACCAAUAUGCAAGGCUUCACCAAAAGCCUUAAUGCCUUCAACGUGGGUGAUGACUGCCCUGUGUUUCCCGGGCUCUUUGAGUUCUGCUCCCGUUACACAGGUGCAUCUCUGCAAGGAGCAACCCAGCUGAACAACAAGAUCUGUGAUAUUGCCAUUAACUGGGCUGGUGGUCUGCACCAUGCCAAGAAGUUUGAGGCUUCUGGCUUCUGCUAUGUCAAUGACAUUGUCAUUGGGAUCCUGGAACUGCUCAAGUACCACCCUCGGGUGCUCUACAUCGAUAUUGACAUCCACCAUGGUGAUGGGGUUCAGGAAGCCUUCUACCUCACUGAUCGGGUCAUGACAGUGUCCUUCCACAAAUAUGGAAAUUACUUUUUCCCUGGUACAGGUGACAUGUAUGAAGUUGGGGCUGAGAGUGGUCGUUACUACUGUCUCAAUGUGCCCCUGAGGGAUGGCAUUGAUGACCAGAGUUAUAAGCAUCUCUUCCAGCCGGUUAUCAACCAAGUCGUGGAUUUCUACCAACCCACAUGCAUUGUGCUUCAGUGUGGAGCUGACUCUCUGGGCUGUGAUCGAUUGGGCUGCUUCAACCUUAGCAUCCGAGGACAUGGGGAGUGUGUCGAAUAUGUCAAGAGCUUCAAUAUCCCUCUACUGGUGCUAGGUGGUGGUGGCUAUACUGUCCGAAAUGUUGCACGCUGCUGGACUUACGAGACAUCGCUGCUAGUAGAAGAAGCCAUUAGUGAGGAGCUUCCCUAUAGUGAAUACUUUGAGUAUUUUGCCCCGGACUUCACGCUCCAUCCAGACGUCAGCACCCGCAUCGAGAAUCAGAACUCUCGCCAGUAUCUGGACCAGAUCCGCCAGACAAUCUUUGAAAACCUGAAGAUGCUGAACCAUGCACCCAGUGUCCAGAUCCACGAUGUACCCUCAGAUCUCCUGACCUACGACAGGACUGACGAGGCCGAUGCAGAGGAAAGGGGUCCUGAGGAGAACUACAGCAGGCCAGAAGCACCCAAUGAGUUCUAUGAUGGAGACCAUGACAAUGACAAAGAGAGUGACGUGGAAAUUUAA